CCUAGUUAUAUUAAGAACGACUAAUGAAUUUGCUAAUACCACUUGCCUUGCCUCAGUCCAACUUAUCACAAUUUACUACAAACUAAGCCAUAUAAUCGUAACCCAAUUGCAAUCACAGGUACAGUCGUACCCAUGGCCGACGCAGCCGCUCUCCUCAAGCUCUCCAAGACCGAUGUCUCGCAGGAAAUUACCAAGGAGCAGUACAUCCCGGUUCUCACGAAUCCGCCCUUCGUGUUCGUUGACGGCACCUUCAACACGCGGGACAUCGGGUUAGUUCCCGGCAGUCCCAUCCGCUCUAACUUCGCCUUCCGGUCCGGUGCUCUCACGCGGCUGACCGACAACGGCCGUGCUGUGCUUGAAGGUAAGCUGGGCGUCAAGCGCGUGUUCGACUUGCGGUCUCCUGAGGAGCGCGCGGGCGCCCCGGACCCCGCGCUCCAGGGUGUUGAGAACACCUGGAUCGAGAGCACACGGCCCGACUCGACGCCCGAGCUGGACCACUUUGUUGCGGGCGAGGGAGAGGAUGGCUACCGUGAGAUGUACCUCGAGGUCAUAGAUGUGUAUCAGGAGAGUUGGAAGGCAAUUCUGGAACAUGUUAGGGAUCGACCAAGCGAUCCGUUCCUAGUCCACUGCACCGCCGGGCGCGACCGAACUGGAGUACUCUCCGGGGUUCUGCUAGCCCUUGCCGGCGCGUCGCAAGAAACCAUAAUCCUAGACUACAUGCUAUCGCGCAUAGGGACUGAGCCAGUUCGGUUAAUGCUUUUGGAGUUCGCGGUAGCCGGUUCGCAUGCAAAGAGCAAGGAACAGCCGGGCUUCCACAAUCUGAUCAACCUACGGGCAUCGAGCUGGAACGCGUUCGUCGACGGCGUGCAGAAGGAGUACGGCGGCUUCGAGAAAUUCGUUAUGGAUAAGCUAGGAUUUUCAAAAGAUGAUUUAGCGAAGAUCAAAGCGAAUUUAACAAGAUCUUAAGGAUAUCCGUAGUGUAGGAUAUCUAGGUAUUUUGCAGGAUGAGAGUCGAAUCUAUUAAAGUCAGAUCGAGUGAUACCAUCAAUGCCAAGUAUUUAUUUAUGAACGAAGACUUAGUAUUAGUUAUUCGAUCCACGAGGAAUACUUAUUAGUGGAAUAAAACCCGCGACUAGUCGCUAGUCCGCACUAUUCGUUCAACAGGUAGCCUUAAAAUACCUAGGUACCAUUUUAUUAUCGGUUGAUUAUGUACCUAGGUUAGGUACAUUUUUAUGCCGUAAAAGUUCCCGAUGCCUCGAAGAAAUGUAGGUAAUCGUGUAUGUAAUGCUCACUGAAGAGCACCAACUUUCUACCAAUGACAUUAAACUCAAGCGAGGAAAUCGAUGUUUAAUAAAUUGUCAAGUGGAUGGGCUCGCCGCUAGGAUAAAUCUAGAUGAUAAGUGAAUAAUAACUAAAAGUCGGUCUGAUUAAAUACCUCUCUACU